UUUAGUUCUUGUUACGGUUAUGUGCGCUACUUCGUCCUUGCCGUCAAUGGACUCUGUAAAUAAAGAAAACAAUACCAAAUCCAAAGCUCAGCUUAAAGCUGAAAGGAGAGCUAUUCAAGAAGCUCAAAGAGCUGCGAAAGCUGCUGCCAAAAGUUAUGAGAAGCCGAAAACCACGCAAACAAAUGCCGUUCACAAUAGUGCAACUAGUCAGAUGAAAAAUACCUCAAAUACUAAUCUAAAUCAGGAUACAGGUAAAUAUGAACAAAAACCUGCUCCUUGUAAGGUUGGUGAACCACACACAGAUGUGAUUCAAAGUCAAACUGGCCGCCUCGAUUACUCAAAUCAUAAAAUUGCCGAACUUCCCGUAUCUAGAACUCAAGAGUCGUGUCGCGUUCAUCUCUUCAAGCAUCUUAACCAACCAGACAAACGAGUUAAUGUUAUCGGUCAUCUUGGUUUAGGGACUCAUUCUUCAAUCCAUCCUUCGUUCCUCGCUCUUGGCGUUGAUUUUGACGAAGGUCGAAUAUGGGACCCAAAUGAGAAGUGUUUAGCGUUUUUGUCGUCGUGUGAAGAACUCGUACGUUCUUUCAUUCCAAAGUCAUCUACUGAAAGAAAAAACAACCACGCUGGAGCGAAUGAUACACUAUUUUGCCGGAGCUUCGGACCAGUUUUGCAAACUCAUGUAAACUUUCUUCAACUCUGUCGUUCACUAUCUGUUACGAUAUAUAAUGCAUACCAGUAUCUAAAGCAAACUCUUACUCGCCUAGAUUCUGUGGAAGAUUGGAAUGAAUGUCGAAGCAGUUUCUUAUCAGCCAUUGUCGAAUUUAGACGUAGUUCAAUUUAUUUGGCAGGAGAUGAGAUUGUAGAUCGUACAGUUAAUUUAAUUCGUCCUGGUGAAUGUGUCUGUACAUUCGGAUAUUCAUCCUUAGUAGCUCGUGUGCUAGAACGAGCAUGGAAAUCUCCAUGCAACACAUCUGUCAAUCAAGUUGAUUCAAAUGCUGAUUUCAUAGCAAACAAAAUGCAAACAUGCUUUGUAAACACUAAAUCAGAUCCAUUAAAUAAAAAUACGAAUAGAGUGUUUAGUGUUUUAGUUGUUGACUCUCGACCAAAAUUUGAAGGCAGACGAAUGCUGACCAGGUUAUGGAAAGCAGGAAUACCAUGUGAAUAUACACAUAUCGGUGCGUUACCAAGUAUUGCAAAUAAGAUAUCUUUAGUUAUUCUGGGUGCUCAUGCUCUUCUUAGCAAUGGAUAUGUGUUGGGUCGUAUGGGGACCGCUCAAGUGGCCAACAUUGCAGCCUCUAUUUCUCAUGCUCCAACAAUAGUUUGUGCUGAAACUUGCAAGUUUUGGGAACGUGCCCAUUCUGACGCAUUCGAAUAUAACGAACUUGGAGAUCCUGAUGACAUUUGGCGAGGUCCACGAGGCACAUCACCAGAUUAUAAAAAGGGCAUUCCUGGUUUCGGUCCAACUGGACUUCCGGAUAGGAUCGAAUCAGCUACCACUGAUUUGAGUGAAUGGCGUUCAAAUUCUAGCCUUAGAUUGUUACAUUUAGAAUAUGAUGUGCUACCGCCUACACUUGUUAAGGCUGUAGUAACAGAAAAAGGUACCUUGCCUACUACGUCUGUCCCUGUAGUCCUGCGAGUAAAACAAGCUUCUGUGACUAAUGUAUAAUUUUUUUAUUUUUGUAUUUUGCAAAAGUCUAGUUAUUUGUUGUUAUGACUUGGUAUUAUAGGUGUAUCGGAAUACAAUAAACGCACAACAUUA